AUGUACACAGACGCAACGAUAGACACUACAAAUGACAUUACCAGUAGGUCCGAAAGGCUUAGAAGAUUUGACGAAAGAAGAGCAGCAUUUCUCGCAAGACUCGCUGAGCGUGGACAACAGCAAUCAUCCGGAAGAGCGGAGGAAACUCCAACAACUUCUAGAGGUAGAGUAGAACCUAGCGACCAGCCUUCCACUAGCACAGUAGACCCGCGCGACUUACCAUCCACUAGUCAAGAAGAAUUUGGCGACUACCAGGCUAGCGAAGUAAGAGCAAGCGAACAACCUUCAACUAGCCAAACACUAUCUGGUUACGUAACCCCAGCAACGACCCCAGCAACACCCAAGCCGGGAAGCUUAGAAGAAGAAGAAAAGAAAACAGAAAGCGCUUUCACCAAACUUCUCCAAGGGUUAAGCGCAGCUUUUGAAUCAGCAAAGAAGGGACAACCCUCUACAUAUCCAAGACCACCUGACAUGUCCGAAGAAGACCGCGAAAAUAACGGUGGUAAUGGUGAACGCGGAGGUAACGGCAACGCAGGUAACGGCAACGGAGGUAACGACGGUAAUGGUGGAAACGGCGAUAGAAGAAACCAGCAAGCUCAGGAUGAAAUGGCCGGCUACAAUCCACCCGAUCUUUAUGCUUCAAGCAAACUUUUGGGCACGCGCUUAGAAGGAUUUACCGGCGACUCCGACAAAGCAUUUGAGGAGUUCCUAGAAGAUUAUCGCGAGCUAGUAGAUAACCUACACAUUCCCCACGUGUAUGCAAAAAGUCUCUUGCCCCUUUUCUUAGCAGGCGGAGCUAAAGUUAACUACCAAACUUUGAAGCCCGCAGAAAAAGCAACCUGGGAAGCAAUGACCAAAGCUCUAGCAACUAAAUUUAAGAACCAGGCCAUGCUAACAAAGAAGACACAACGCUUUACAUAUCCAAGACCACCCAAAAUGUCUGACGAAGACAACAACGGAGGUAAUGGCGGUAACGGCGGUGGUAACGGUGGAAACGGUAACAAUAAUAAUGGGAACAACAAUAAUGGAAAAGUCCAAGAUUUUAUUUUGGAAUCCUCACCAACGUUCAAAACGAAGCGUGAGGUUAAAUACCUUGUCGAUACCGAAAAUCGACAGUCACGUUAUGAGCUAAUACUGGCACAAACUCUCCCCAUAGCUCAAAGAAUCUUCGGCAUCGCAGAUAUCGAAGUACCACCGUUUGAGGCCCAACCAAUAACCGAUGUUCUUCUACUAAGAGAAAUCAAGCUGUGGAACAUCACCAACGCCGAUUUCCUCCGCAGAGCUCGCAUGUAUGCCAUCGAAGACAUACGUAAGAAUGUCCUUCGUACCAUACGAUACGCCGAAUAUCGAUACCGCCAGAUAGCUUGGCUGCAAGCCAUUGAAACCAAAAGACCUCUUAAUUAUGCCGAGCACGCACUCUCCAAGAUCUUCAGCUCGAUGGAGAUCGACAUGGACUCAAUCAAACUCAAGAGUAAGCCCGCACCAUUCUUCCAAGCAGAAGACCUAGCAAGGCAGCCGCCCAAGGAAGCUGCAAAGACGACCACGAAACUAACAAGUACCGUACCUGCCGUAACCAAGCCACCCGUGGUUAUACCAUCUUACGUGCACAGUAUCUCUAAGACGAAGUCACUAAAUCCCAUCGAUACCCGUACAACAACCGCAACCACAUCCACUGCCCCGGCGACACAAGCGAAGACAGCAACAACUUCUGCCCGUACUACGACGACGCCUCCCACGAAAGGCCAGUACCUUAUCACCACGAAGCCGACUACGACUGCACCUCGGAGCGCCCCCACCACAACGACAGCCACAACCACGCUUAAGAGCGUCUCUCCUACAACGCUUCGACCAACAACAACGGUCCCGAGCGGCACUACUACCAUCAUACAAGUCACCACCACUUCCAUCAAACCUGUUAUAAGCUACGAGAGACUAAUUCCACUACGUCCUUCAAACCACAUCGCUUCACCCCCACACAGGCACAUCAAGCGGACCAACAAUCUCCUCACCUCGCCCGCAGGCGACGAUUACUUUGAUCCCAUCGCAAUACGGCGUAGUUUCAACAACAUAUGCAUGAGACAAUUGUUGAACAACCAAAGGAUCCACGAACUCAGUCGCGCUGACCCCACUUAG